AUGUCCAUGUCCAAGUACGACACCAUCUUGUGGGAGAGAGAAACGAAGCAGCAAAUCCGAUCUCACGCACGCGCCCUCUUCAGCACCACCCACCCAUACGGCUCCGAGUAUGACGUCGUCCACACUUUCGACAGAGAAAACGAAGACAAUGAAACGCCCUACAACACCCAUCUGAUCUUAUAUACGAAACCGCACAAAAGCGAAGAGUGGGAACGAGUACAUUCGGUCAACGGUAACGUUGAUGUUGCGAGCGGCUUGACUGAUCUCUUGGAGUCGCUAAGGCAUGUGCUGCGUCAGAAGCUGGAUGAGCCGAAGGUUGCGGCGCCGGCUGCCGAACGGAAUGAUGACGAGGAGAAUGCGACAAAGGGCAGCCGGAGGAAAGAUGUAGAUAUACUCGCGCAUCCUACUGUCUUCUACCUCACCUCAUACCAGCGACUAUCAGCGAUGGCUCCGUCCGCGACCGCAGAGGUUAAACCCAUGAACCAGUACGAGACCAUUAUGUGGGAGAAGGAGAUGAAGGAACAGAUCCUGUUCAUCAUGGCCAUGUCCAAGUACGAGACCAUGAUAUGGGAAGAGAAGAUGAUAGAAAAGAUCCUAGUUAAUGAUCGUCUCAAAGACCACGCCCACGCACUCUUCGUCGAAAAAUACCCCGGGGGUUCAGUCUUCAACGUCAUCCAAGGCACUACCACCGACGAAGAUGGCUACGUUAAACAGGGCGCGACUCUCAUCGAGACUCAUCUUGUAGUCUACAAGGCCCCGUCUACGGCAGAAAAGUGGGAGUUGGUUCUCUCAAGCGAUAAGGUGAUGACUGUCGAGGAAGGCUUGGAGGUGCUCUGGGGUAAUCUUAGAAGCCGCUUGAGCGAGAAGUUUGAUCGCGAGAGGGAGUCGUUGGUGGAAGCUUUCGUGAAGAGCCUCGUAGGGCCCGCACGCUUCUAG